AUGGGUCGUCGCAAAAUUAAAAUUGAGAGGGUGAAAGACUCCAACACGAGGCAGGUCACAUUCUCAAAACGUCGGACUGACUUAUUUAAGAAAGCAAAUGAAUUGUCGAUUUUGUGCGGAGCAGAAGUGGCUAUUGUUGUGUUCUCUCCAGGUGAUAAUCCUUACUCUUUUGGUCACCCAGGAGUUGAUGUUGUUGCUGGCAAGUAUCUUGAACUAAAGCCUAAACGUAGGAACUCCGAAGGAAACCCCUCUUCUGAUUCUUCCAAUAUGGAAAAAUUGAAUCAAGAACUUGCUGAGCUGUUGGCACAAAUCCAAGAAGGUGAAAAGAAAGUUGAGACUCAUGAUGAGAUUCUGAAGCAAAAUGAUGUGGCAAAACUCUCUGAGCUUAAAGAAUUGAGAGAUUCGUACAAAGAUCUUCAAGAUUGCAUAAAAUUGCGUCUUAGUGAUAUUGAGAUAUCAGAAUGUAUGAUGCUUCUAGCUCAGGAGGAUCCAGUGGUGGGAAGAAAAGCAAAAUUGUCAAAAAAGAAAAGAAGAAAAAAUUGA